CUAAUGGGUUUCUCUUUAAAUCUUGUUUAAAGAUUCUUUCUCAAUUUUUUAUUUAUCUCUAUCCUUGAAAAGGCUAUUAUUUUCCUUGUUCUAUGUUUAUUUUUCUAUUCUUGAAGUGGGAUUUUGUCCGAUACUUGUAUUUUCUGGUCAUUCACUCAUUUGAGAAUAAUAAACUACAAUAAUUAUGGCCUAGGCUCUACAAGUUAGAAUAUGAUGGAUUAGUUUUAAGUUUAUUUCUAGAAUAUGAUGGAGUAGUUUUAAGUUUAUUUCUUUGUAUUGAUUCUGCUUACGUUUGCUUUAAAAUUUACAACUACAAUGGAACAAAAGAGAAGCAAUUAGAACUUAAAAUUUUGGUGGUGAAAGUUAGUGGCUUGUAGUGGAAAUCUCCGAUUAUCAGGACUGGUUAAGUGAUCCCACUUUGCAAUUUCAAAAUGGUUGUAGUGAAUUCUGGUAAUUAUGCUGUAGAUAGUAGCUGAGGCCAAUUGUCUUAGCAUAUACGAGCAUCCUUGAGCUGUGAAUUGAGGCAAGUUUGCAGGCAUAUUGGUCUUAACCAUUUGUAUAAAUAUCAUGCUUUCAGUGGAAAGUUUUGUGCUAUACACGCCUGUGGUAAUCAGCGGGAGUGAAAACCUGCCGAGCUAGUUUACUCAGAUUUGCAGGUUAGAUAGAGGUUCAUACGGAACCUCUGUUUGCUUUUUGGUAACACGUAGCCGAGCUUCUCAAACUGGAAAUUCUGCAGCAUUUUUAGAUCAAUUCUUCUAUUGCACCAUGUUCUUAUAUUAAUAAAAUAGAGAUAGACAUAAGGCUUCCUAUUGUUGGUGAGCAGCAAUGGAAGAUAUGGAUAUAGUCAUUCAAUGUACCAAUGGCUCCAGGGAAGACACGAUCAAUCGUUUGUAGUGCUCGAAACUUCUUCCAGUUUACAGUGCCAGGGCCUGCCUGGUGGCAGGUUAUUCCUAGAUGGUAUGAGCAUUGGAUUUCAAACAAGGUUUACGAUGGAGACAUGAUCGUACUUCAAGGUCAAGAAAAGAUCUUUCUUUCAAAGUCAAUGGAUAGUUCAGAGGAUGUAAAUAAGCAGUACACGAAGCUGACAUUUACACCCACACAAGCUGAUCGCUUUGUCUUGGCAUUUCGAAACUGGCUAAUGCGUCACGGCAACAGUCAACCCGAAUGGCACAGCACCAGCGUCCAACAACCUCUCCCAUCAACAGUAUUAUCAAAACGCCAGAUGUUAGAUAAAUUCGAGCAGCAUACCCUCACGUGUUCAUCAUGUAAACAAGCUUACACAUCAUUCCAAACAUGGCAAAAGAUCCUAAUUGGCCAACAGUCGCAUUUUGCGCGACAGCGAGCAUUCCUUCCAACAUCCAGCUCCGGGUUGUUUUAGCUAUGCUUGCACUGGUUUCUGCUGGUUUGGCAUAUGCAUUGCAUCAACUACAAAAGAACUUUGUUUUUGUUGAUUACGUGCACGCCGAAAUUGAUUAGAACAAGUUUGACUAGAAAAUUUGAGUGUAAAUGAACAAAAUGCUGACCAACGGAACUUGAAACAGUUUUUGUUUUUAUUUGUUUAAGUUUAUUAUUAAUCUUAACAAAUAAUUAUA